CAACGUUUGAAAUCUUGAUUCAAUUACCCACAAAACGGCAUUAAAACUGUUACAUUUAUUUUAGAUUCUAGAUAUAGCAGGGAGGAAGCGCAUCGCUAUUUUCCCACGGAGCUUAAGCGUGUUGCUAAAACAAACGGAUUCCGCUACAAAUCCCUGUAAUUCCACAUUGGUUUAGCCGUAUGUAUUCGAUGCCCCUCACCCUCGCGCAGCACCAAAAUGCGUCGUCUGUGACCACAGGACACACACAAUUAUGAGUAAAUUAGCUUUUAAUGUUCAAUCUACGAGACACUUUGUGUCAGUUUAUCAAUGAAGUGAUGCCUUCUUGCAGAAAUGCUCAAAUGCAACCGUCAAUACUGUCGUUAGACCGCUUCCAAGUAUUAUAGACCAUUUUCUUUUAGAAAAAGGAAUCCUGGCUUGAGUGCCAUGUUGUCUCCGUCGAUGCUACUGCAGCUGCUUCUCCUGUUAAACCCGGGUUACUGGCGGGGAGUCGUUUCAAGCCCCACCGACGACAACGCAGCGCGGGGCGGCCAUGGAGACCACGGAGAGCCGGGUCACAAAGACAGUCACCAGGAUUCGUACAGUACAUUUGCCUCGGAGUUCCUGGAGUCGAGGUAUCUCACGGAUGAGGGUUAUCCCUUCCCUACUGCCCCACCUGUAGAUCCAUUUGCUAAAAUCAAAGUGAGUGACUGUGGAAUAACCAAGGGCUGCGUCAGGUACGGGAAGCCAGGCUGCGAUGCGGAGACCUGCGACUACUUCCUGAGCUACCGGCGGAUCGGCGCGGACGUGGAGUACGAGAUGAGCGCCGAUACGGACGGCUGGGUGGCCGUGGGGUUCUCGUCUGAUAAGAAGAUGGGAGGCGAUGAUGUCAUGGGCUGUGUCCAUGAUGACAACGGGCGGGUGCGGAUACACCACUUCUAUAACGUGGGCCAGUGGGCCAAGGAGAUCAAGAGGAACCCGGCGCGGGAUGAGGAGGGCAUCUUCGAGAACAACCGGGUGACUUGCCGCUUCAAGCGGCCACUCUACGUGCCCCGCGAGGAGACGCUGGUGGACCUGCACCUCAGCUGGUACUACCUGUUCGCAUGGGGCCCGGCUAUCCAAGGGUCAAUCACCCGGCAUGAUAUUGACGCGCCCCCGGUCUCCGAUCACAUGAUCAGCAUCUAUAAGUAUGAGGACAUCUUCAUGCCCUCCACAGCCUACCAGACUUUCUCCUCCCCAUUCUGCCUGCUGCUCAUCGUGGCACUCACCUUCUACCUGCUCAUGGGUACCCCGUAGCUUCCCGUGGUGACGGCGGUGGCGUGUGAGGGGCCAGCAAUAAAUGCAAAGACUGGGAGACACCUGCGCAUCAUCUGUCAGAGACCAUAUAUACACAUAUAUACCGAAUACGCAAGAGGAAGCCUGCAGAUCAUUAAGCAAAUGAUUGUAGCAUUUGCCAUAAUCCAAACAAAGCAUACAUUGGUUAGCCUUAUCUAAUGGUGAUACAGAAUAGGUGUUUCUCAGUAAUAUUAGUAUGACCGUUAGUAUUAUUUAAUUUAUGAAGUAUUUAUAUUUUAUGACUAUAAUAAUUAUAUACAGUAAGUUGUGCCAGAACUGCAUGUGCCAUUUGUACUUGAUGAGUUACUUUGGUCUCCCACUGUCAGUGAACGGGCAUAUGCCCUAGACACUGUGAAGAAGGCUGGAAUGAGUCAUGGGGACAGACUGCCCAGGAAGCUGUUGUGACAUCACUUCCUGUUGCAGGUCUGUCAGUCAACACCUUUUUCCAGAGCUACAGAAGUGUGGGUACGAUCCAUCUUGACUGGUAAUCAGCUUGUAACCCCGCAUCGUAACUGCCGUUAUGAGAAAUGUUCUUUCAGGGACAUUGGCAAUCUUCAUUAACCCAUGCCUAGGCCUGAAAACAAAACAAGAUUUUAUUCAACUUUAUUUAAUUUUGUCAUUUAAAUAUUUA